AUGGGUGACGAGGUGGACCCCUCAAAACCUAUUUUAACGUAUUUUAACGGAAGAGGCCGAGCGGAAAUUAUUCGCCUGAUAUUUAAUGUAGCAAAUGUUCCUUACGAAGACAAAAGAAUUUCAAAGGAAGAAUGGCAGUCGCUAAAGCCAUCAACACCAUUUGGUCAGUUACCUCUUCUCACAAUGGACAACGUUGUAUUAUGCCAAAGCAACACGAUCGCACGAUUUUUGGCAAAAAAAUAUGGCUUGGCUGGUGCUAAUGAAAUGGAGAAUGCAUUGUGUGACAUGGUUGUCGACUGUGUAGAGGAUGCGUUGAAACCUGUGCUACAAAUAUUUUUCGAGAAAGAUGACACAAAAAAGCUCCUAAUGUUUGCUAAGUUUGAAAGAGAGCAACUACCAGUUUACAUGGCUGCCCUUGAAAAGUUAUUAGUAUCAAAUAGAGGAGAAGAUGGAUAUUUUGUUGGUGACAAUCUAACUUGGGCGGACAUUACGGUAAUGAAUUUCAGAGAAUAUCUGACAAUGAUAAAUGUGGAGUUGUCUUUUGGAAAGUAUCCAAUCAUAGCAACAUACAUUGACCGCAUUGCCGCCGUACCCAAAAUAGCUGAGUGGAUCGACAUUCGACCCAAGACUGACUUAUGA